UGGUGUUAGUAUUGGAAGUUUGCUGAUAACAGUGAAGUGUGAUUCACUCCAGAUCCUGGAGAGCUUGUGGGUGGAUUAUUUGUCUGGUCAUCUUGGUGAAGUGGUUCAAAGAUGUUUUGUUACAGAAGAGAUCUUGACAGAAUUGAGCCUUGAAGAGUUGAAGCUUAAAACAACAAUCUCAGAAGAGGAGUAUAAAGCAUGCAAAAUGUUCCUUGGGAAAGAUUCAGCCAAAGAAGCAGAUGAAACAGAUGAUGARGAUGAUUCAACAUUUAAUGAUGAAGCUUCACAGAAGAUCAAAAAAGGCUCUUCCAUAAGAAAGAAACGUAAAUUGCCAUGUUCAAGUUUUGGUAAUCAAGGCAAUUUAAAGAAGGCAAAGCGUAAAUCAAGUCAGCAGACAUCAGAACCAGCCCUUGAAGAAGAUUCUUGCAAAAAUAGAACUGUACUGGCAGAAAGACCUGUGACCCACUUCGCUGACAAAAAGGACAAAAGUGACAAUGAUGUCUUAGCAACAAAUGCAAGUGGAGAUAAAGCUUCACUAUCCUCUUCAGAUUACACAGAAGCAGACAGUGACAGAAAAGGAGAGUUGGCAACAGGACCAAGAGGUUUGUGUUUCUUCAUGUUCAAUACAUGCUGACUUUGUAAUGCAGGUGUGCACUGAUCAUGGUGCAGAAGAGCAACAAAACUGUUUAGGAGAGAGUUUGAUUGACCUUGUUCUGGAAUAAGGGUAUAGUCCAGAUUUUCCAGAUUAGCCAUUCUGACCUUAAAUACCUCAAUAAAACCCCUUAAACAAUAAUUCAAUUUCUGGAAUAAUUUAAUCCUUGGAUGGAUUCUCCUUCAGUGAUGCAUUGAGCUGUUUUCUUCUGUAUAAAGGUUAGCAAAGGCUUAAACCUAGACCAUUUGUGAUUACAUGUAUCAAACUCUAUCAGUGGAUCACAAAAUUAAAAUCAAUAAUGUUUAUUAAUGUAAGUUUAAUUGGUCUGCAUCAGAUUUGCUUGAGGGCUUUCCGAUAUAAAUUUCUUUUGAUUGUCUGUACUGGGGUAACAAUAUGUUUAAAGCUCAGGCACCUGACUACCUCUUUUUCUACUGCACCUGUGUAUAUUUUUCUAGUAUGACAAAGAAAUCAUAUAAAUAUUGAUUUUUUGAUGUGACUGAAAAUACUACUUCCAGUGUUGCAAUCACAGAUAGAGAUUCUCUAAGAUUUUUUUGCCUACUUACUGUUGAUUUAGAAAAUCAAUAACACGACAGCAAGUGGGGUUGUAGCGUGAGCAGUAAUGAACUUUAACAUUUCAACCCUGAUGAAGGUGGACACAAGCCAUCGAAAAUUUAGAACUGAAAAGAAAAUUAACAGAUCGGAAAAAAAAAUCUGAGAGCUUGAAUUUUUGUAACAAUAGCAAAUACAGCAUUUGAAUUCUCCUCAAUUCUCCAGUACGUUUCCUGUCUUAAAAAUUUCAUUAUCACCUUCGGGAAAUGCAUUGUUAGCUUCUAUUGUUCAUAAUCAAGACUUUUUGGAGACUUUCAUGUGACAAUCUUCUCAAUGUAAAUUAUUUCUGCCGUCAGACAUGCUUACCU